AUGGUGGCUUUCAAAAGCCUCUUUGACAAACUGAUGCGAAAAUACGGUCUUUAUUGGAACGUCUACAGCCUUGAAGAUCUGAUUAGGUUAAAAGCGGAAAGGCGACGAGCGGUGAUAAGUAAAAUAAUGGAGGAAAAGGAGAAGGAACACGAAGAAUUACGUGAACGGGCAAGAAGUGCAGAAGAGUACCAAGAAAAGAAACUCUGCGAAAAGUUACAGGCUGAAAACGAAAAAUUGACGAAUUCGAAAACAAAGUAA